AUGUCUCUAGACCUAGAGCAGCACUUGACCUUUUAUGGUGCUUACCACCAUAACUCGAUCAAUAUCGCCAUUCACAUGGUCUGCGUUCCUCUCAUCCUCAUCUCGGCCUUUUGCAUGGCCACAUAUACUGGCACUCUCAUCCCCACACCAUCCUGGCUCACCAUCCCCUAUCUGGAACUCAACCUUGGUACCAUCGCCGCCAGCCUCUACUCCCUGCUGUAUUUGCUCCUCGAGCCCUUUGCUGGAUUCCUUCUGGCCGCUUUCUGCAUGGGUGGUGCCGCGUUUGGCAACUACCUGCGCCAGCAGAGUCCCGAGACGACCUUCCAGGGUGCCUUGGCCCUCCACAUCGUCUGCUGGAUCUUCCAGUUCAUCGGCCACGGCACCUUUGAGGGUCGGGCCCCUGCCCUGCUCGAUAACCUCAUUCAGGCCAUCUUCCUUGCCCCCAUGUUUGUGUGGCUCGAGAUGCUCUUCAUGCUUGGUUACAGGCCCGAACUGCAGGCUCGUGUGAACAAGAAGGUUCAGGUCGAGAUUGAGAAGUUCAAGGCCAAGUCCAAGAACGGCAAGGCCCAAUAA